UUCAGUGAAAGGCAAAAAGUUUUUUCUUGAUGAAUGUUAUAAUGCGUUUUUAUGUUGUUAUUUUCACAUACUCUUUCAUCACAACAAGCUAUUGCAAACAUUUACAUACUCCAAAGAAAAACGCACUGUUAAUUAUCGCUGAUGAUGGAGGAUUUGAAAUGGGGACAUAUAGGAACAAGAUCUGUCAGACACCAAAUCUAGAUGGCUUAGGAAAGAAAAGUCUGAUUUUCAACAAUGCUUACACAUCUGUCAGCAGCUGUUCACCAAGUCGUUCAGCUAUCUUAACAGGGCUACCAAUUCAUCAGAAUGGAAUGUAUGGUUUACAUCAAGGAGUUCAUCAUUUCAAUUCCUUUGAUAAUAUCAAAAGUCUUCCAGGAAUUCUGGCAGAGCAUGGAAUAAGAACAGGAAUUAUUGGAAAGAAACAUGUUGGUCCCAGCAAAGUGUAUCCAUUCAGUUUUGCAGAGACUGAAGAAAACAAUUCCAUCUUGCAAGUGGGAAGGAAUAUCACAAAGAUCAAGCUUCUUGUCCAAGAAUUUCUUACACAGAAUUCUUCAGAUCCAUUUUUCCUGUAUGUGGCAUUCCAUGACCCACAUCGAUGUGGACAUAUUAAUCCAGAAUAUGGCAACUUCUGUGAAAAGUUUGGGAAUGGUGAGCCUGGUAUGGGUCUCAUUGAAGAUUGGCAUCCAAUAUACUACGAGCCAAACCAGGUGCAGUUGCCAUACUUUGUCCAGGACACUCCAGCAGCACGUCAGGAUGUCGCAGCUCAAUACACAACCAUCUCCAGGCUAGACCAAGGUGUGGGAUUGGUGUUACAAGAGCUGAAGGCAGCUGGAUUUGAGAAUAACACCCUCAUAAUCUAUUCAUCAGAUAAUGGUAUUCCAUUUCCAAGUGGACGCACAAACCUGUAUGAUCCAGGAAUGGCAGAACCUAUGUUAAUCUCUUCUCCACGGCCUGAGGAUCGCCACAAUGAAGUGACAUACAGUAUGACCAGCUUACUGGACAUUGUACCAACAUUAUUAGACUGGUUCAAGAUACCAUACCCUCAUGAAAAUGAAAUCAAGCCUAUACUGACUGGAAAAUCACUUCUGCCAUUACUGGUGAAAGAGCCUGCACAUGACACAGGGGCUGUGUUUGCUAGCCACAGUCACCAUGAGAUCACCAUGUACUACCCUAUGAGGGCUGUGCGGACCAAGAGAUACAAACUUAUACACAACAUUAAUUACAAGAUGCCUUUCCCAAUUGACCAAGAUUUUUAUAUUUCUCCAUCAUUUCAGGAUCUCCUAAACAGAACACGAUCGAAACAACCCCUGAAUUGGUACAAGACACUUAAGAGCUACUACUACAGAGAUGAAUGGGAACUGUAUGACCUGAAGCGAGAUGCUGAUGAGGUGAACAAUGUAGCAUUUAAACCAGCCUACAAGGAUGUAUUUUUGGAGCUCAAGACAAAACUCAAUGAGUGGCAGAAGGCAACAGCAGACCCAUGGUUAUGUGCACCAGGAGGGGUCCUAGAAGCAUCAGGCAGCUUUAAGAAGCACCCACAAUGUCUUCCACUGGACAACUUUUAGCUGAUAACUUACGAAUGGUAUCAGCAUGCAUGUUCUCAUAUUCAUACAUACUCUGCUUUGUUUCACCUAAGGGGCUUCAUAACUGACAUAGGUAACAUGUUCCUGAACAAGAAUGCCUGCAAAAUGACAAGAGCUUCUGUGACCACACGUGGUUAGGAUAUGUAUUUUGCUAUGUGGCAGUGAGAGUUAAUAAAUAAUUAUAAAUGAAACGGUA